AUGGCUCCUAUCCACAUUGGCUCCUUGGUUUAUGACUACCAAGCACUCGACGUCAUUGGCCCCUUCGAUUUGAUCGGAUCUGGGGGCAAACACGUUCUCAAUGCAGUGAACUUCUACACCGAAAUUGACAAGAAACUCCUCGACCGUGCCCCCGAGUUCGUUUUCCACCACAUCGGAGAGACGCUCGAUCCAGUUCCACUCCUCACGAGCUCCCUUAUUGUCAAACCUACCGACACGAUUGACAGCUGUCCUGAAUUGGACUAUUUGCUCGUUGGUGGGCCCGACGUCAAGGAUUUCGAAUUGUCACCGCGAUAUGCGGAUUUCAUCCGCCGACAUGUAGCGGCUGGGAAAACCGUCUUUACUACCUGUACUGGCGCUGGGGUUCUUGCCUCAACAGGAGUUUUGGACGGGAAGAAGGCUACCAUCAACAACCUUGAGUAUGAAUGGGUUGCCAAGAAAUAUCCCAAGGUUAAAUGGACCAUGGAAACGAAGUGGGUUGUUGAUGGGAACAUCUGGACUGGCAGCGGAGCGGUUGCUGGAAUGGAUAUGUUCGCGCACUGGUUCAAGGAAAACUUUGGCUUGGAUAUGCUCAUUCAGGGUGCCAAAGGUCUUGAUUAUGAGCCUCGUGACAUUAACGGACUGUUCAAGGUCUUUCCACAACGUUAUGACGAGAAUGGAAAGCAGCUCUCUACACUUGUGUUGCCCUAA